AUGGAUGGUUCUGUCAACCCCUUUCUUGGUUUGGCUGAACAGCUCUCACAAACCCAGAAAUCUCUCCAUGGUAACAAAGGCAAUAACAUUCAUUUCCAGCACGGCAGUGUGCAGCAACAGGGUGUGAUAGAACCCACACCAGGUCUCAGUGCACACAAACUAAGAGAGGAACAUGAAGCUAAGCGGCUGCAGUUUGACCCCAGACAUGAAUAUAUUUUCGAUAUGGUGGCAACCUGUGUCCCUUUGGAGAAGUCUGACAUUGAAGAUACUAUACUGGAAGGAUCUCAAGAAAUAAGUUUCAAUGUUUUGGAUGCUGAAGGCCUUGGGCUCUUGAAAUCUGUUGAACAUCUGUUAAGAGAUGCUUUUAUACCUGUGCUGAAGAAUAUGAACCAAGGAUGGGGACUGCUGAGCAAGCCUGAGUUUAAGGCGGUUAGACAGGGAUUUCUCAAUUCUCUGGAUGGGUUUGUCAGUGCCCUCUCUGCAGCACAUGACAAUCUCGCCAAGGAGGUUCGAUUGGAACAAUGUGUUUCAGAAGAGCUGAGAAAUUUGAAAUGGCCAUCAGAUUUUGGUCUGGCUUCACCUGAAACAUUGAAGCAAGCUGAGAAAAGUUUGAAAAUUUGGAUCAAGCAAAUUGAACAGGUGCUGACUGAAAGUGAGCAGGUGCGGAAGGAGGCAGAUGAUGUUGGACCACGGGCAGAGUUGGAACACUGGAAGCAAUGCCUGGCCAGAUACAAUUGCUUGACUCAGGAGAUCCAGCGAGCAGAUGUUAAAAUCGUACUUGGCUUCAUCGCAGCUGCUAAAUCAAAGCUGUUGAAGAUAUGGAAGGAAUUGGAUAAACGGAUUACAAAUGUAUUUAAUGAAGCUAAAGAUAACGUGAAAUAUCUUUACACGCUGGAGCGAUUUUGCGACCCUCUUUACAACAGUGAUCCUAUUGAAAUGCUAGAUGCCCUUCCUGGACUUCUGAAUGCCAUUAGAAUGAUACAUACGAUUUCUGUGUAUUACAAUACAUCUGAAAGGAUGACUUCUCUUUUUACCAAGAUCACAAACCAGAUGAUAACUGCAUGUAAAGCAUACAUUACCAAUGAUGGAACUGUUACAAUAUGGGAGUUAUCUCCAAGCACAAUAAUUAGCAAGUUGAUGCAAUGUAUUAAGCUUAAUAAGGAAUACCAGUUCUGUUAUGGUGCUACCAAGCAAAAGAUGAAGGAAAACCAGAGGGAAAAACCCUUUGAAUUUAGUGAAAUCUGCAUUUUUGGAAAGUUUGACACAUUUGAGAGGAGGCUUAGAAAGAUUAUUAAGAUGAUUGAAACUAUUAAAGUAUAUUCCAGCCUGGAGAAAUCAACUAUUGAGGGGAUUGAACAGAUAGCAAACAAAUUUCAGGAUAUUGUAUCAGGAAUGAAAAAACAAGAUUGCAAUUUGAUUGACCACAGAAAGAGUACCUUUAAUAUGGAUUAUGAGACUUUCACAACACAGAUCAAUGACUUGCAAGCUGAAAUCACUGAGUUUAUGGGAGCCACUUUUGACAGCAUCUCGAGCACUCCAAGGGCCUUGUCGUUGUUAGUGAAGUUUGAGAAGCUUGGAAUACCAGAACUGAGAAUUGACAAACAAUUUCAAAAAAUUCUCCAUAUCUACGGUAAAGAUAUCAACCAUGUGUCCCAAAUUUACACCAGGGAGAAGACCGACCCUCCAAUUCCACGUAACUUUCCUCCAGUAGCUGGAAGCAUCACCUGGGUUCGACAGCUCUUCAGACAUAUUCAAGAGCCCAUGUUGUUGUUGGAGAAGAGGCCUGGCAUCUUGCAGCGCGAAGAGGCAAAGAAGAUUAUCCGUAGUUACAACAAAGUAGCCAGAGUUUUGUUGGAAUAUGAAGUGCUUUAUCACAGGGCCUGGAUGCAACAGAUUGAAACUGCCCAGUUUGGUCUUCAAGCAUCUUUACUGGUUAAGCAUCCUGACACUGGACAGAUGAUUGUGAACUUUGACCCCGAUCUUACAGUUCUGAUAAGAGAAGCAGAAUGCAUGGUUCGAAUGGGGUUGGAGAUCCCUGAUAAUGCGAAAGCACUUCUACAAAAACGGGAUAUGUUGAAACGGAUGUACAAUAAGCUGCAGCUAUUACUGGAAGAAAACUCCAAAGUACGUGGAAAAAUUAAACAAGUUUAUGAAACCCUUAUUGCACCACAUGUGCAUGAGAUUGAUGAAGCUUUUCAACCGGGUCUUGUAACACUAAACUGGACAUCAUUAAACAAUGACCAUUUUGUGGAUAGUGUGUAUGCAAAAUUAGGGUUAGUUGAUUUACUGAUUUGCAGAGUAAAUGACCUUGUAGAAUAUCGUAUCGAGCGGACCCUGUGGGAUAUGAGCACCAUCUCACUUUGUGAAUUUCCUGAGGAAACACCAUGGACAUGUGAGGAGUUUUUGAGACACACGCAGGAUAUUUGCACCAAAGGAGCGCAAACAUUGCAAUGUAAAAGUAUGAUGGUGGAAGCAGCAGUGAAUGAACUCAUUAAAAUGCUUUAUGAUGUGGAUUCAGAUGAUGAAAAUGACAUAGAAGAUGCUGAUGCUAGCUUUCAAAUGCAAACCUCACAAGCAAUUCUCCAUGCUGACAUUUGCUUUGCCAUUCCUAACAUUGAGCUGCAUCCCAGUCUGGAAGAAGCCCAGAAUACUUUAAAUAGAGUUUGUGACUGCAUUAUCAAUGUUUCCAAAGGGUUAUCUGUAUGGGGAAAGAAAAGAAUGACAAACAUAAAAAAUAAUGCCCAGGGAAUUGCUGAACUCCGAACAAAUGAUACACAGAUUGACCCUUUCAUUAAUGUUCAUGUAGAUCCUGGUGAAGCCAAUGGUUCAGGUGCAGAUACUGUUGCUGUCCACACCCAGACUAACAAUUACUACAAAAUAAUUUCAGAAAAUAAAGAGGUAGUUAAACUGGUUUCUGUUAUUUCAACAUCCAUCAUCUCAUUUAGAAAGGACCUGCAAGAAGUUUUGGAAAAGUUGAUCAGCUACUGUCAUAUCUGGAAAAACGAUCGUGAAACAACUCUGAAGAAGUUUAUGAAGGGAAACCCCUCAAUCUCCGAACUUGAGUUCCAAAUCAAGUUUUACCGCAAUCUGCAGGUCCAAGUUCAAGCUGAACCCAGAGUCAUUUAUAUGGGUCCUUUUGCACUGUAUGCAGAUGAUAUGAAGAUAGCCUUGAUGGAAGAAUGCAGAGCUUGGAUGAUUGGGUUUUCUCAAAUCUGUAAUGAAAAAUAUAGGACAAAUCUGGAAAAUAUCUUGAUCUUCAUAGAAGAGACUUCAAGGAAAUUAAAUUGUCCAUUCAAUGACCUGGAUGAUAUUAGAAUAAUUGUAAGUUCUUUGAAAGAGAUACGAGAAAAACAGAUUGAGAUCGAUUUACAAAUUGGACCCAUUGAGGAAUUCUUUGCCAUGCUGAAUAAAUAUGAGAUGCAAGUUGUUAAGGAAGAUUCUGACAGAGUGGAUACAUUGCGAUAUACCUGGGAAAAGCUUCUCAUGCAUGGAACAGCAGUACAGAAUCAGCUAAUUUCUUUACAACCUUCAUUCCGUGCUGAACUGAUCAUCAACAUGAAAACUUUUUUAGAAGAUUCUGAUACUUUCUUCCAAGACUAUGAAAAGGAAGGACCUAUGCAGCUUGCAUUGUCCCCUCAAGAAGCUAAUGACCAGCUGGUUAUUUAUCAGAAUCGUUUUGACAACCUUUAUCGCAAAUUUAUCACCUGCACUGCUGGAGAGGAGCUCUUUGGGUUGUCAGUUACACAAUGCCCCGAGCUGCUGGAGGUAAAAAAGGAGCUAAACCUUUUACAGAAGCUUUAUGGCCUUCACAAUAAUGUGAUCAACACAGUGAACAGCUACUUUGAAGUUCUCUGGGCCGAGGUGAACAUAGAGAAGAUAAACAAUGAGCUGCUGGAUUUUCAGAACAGAUGCCGCAAACUGCCUCGAGGUUUGAAGGAAUGGCCAGCCUACCUUGAUUUAAAGCAGACCAUCGAUGACUUCAAUGAAAGUUGUCCCCUAUUGGAGAUGAUGUCCAAUAAGGCUUUGAUGCCUCGUCAUUGGCGGCGCAUUGGCCACGUCAUGAAACAAGACUUUGACGUUGACAGUGAAACGUUUAAAUUGUCCAACAUUAUGGAAGCCCCACUUCUAAAGUACAAAGAAGAAAUUGAGGAUAUUUGCAUCAGCGCUGUGAAAGAAAAAGACAUUGAACAGAAGCUGAAGCUAGUCUUAGCGGAGUGGGAUAAUCGAUACUUCACAUUUGCCAACUUUAAAUCACGUGGUGAGCUACUCCUCCGGGGUGACAACACAUCUGAGAUCAUCUCACUUGCAGAAGAUAGUUUAAUGGUUCUUGGUUCCCUCCUGAACAACAGGUACAAUGCUCCAUUUAAAGUACUUAUUCAAAAGUGGGUGCACAACCUAUCCUCCACAAUAGAUAUAAUUGAGAGCUGGUUGACUGUACAAAACCUAUGGGUGUAUCUGGAAGCAGUGUUUGUGGGUGGAGAUAUUGCCAAGCAGCUACCAAAGGAAGCAAAGAGAUUUUCCAAUAUUGACAAGUCAUGGAUGAAGAUAAUGAUUCGUGCCCAUGAGGUCCCUAACGUGGUUCAAUGUUGCAUGGGAGAUGAAGCCAUGGUCCGGCUGCUACCACAUCUUCUGGAGCAACUUGAAAUAUGUCAGAAAUCAUUAACUGGAGAAGGGGACACCAUUGAAUUUGAUAACCCAGUUGUCACAGAAGGGAAUGUGGAAGUUUGGCUGAAUUCACUGCUUAUGGAGUCUCAAAGUUCUCUGCACAGCAUUAUUCGGACCGCUGCUGAAGUAAUACAAGUGGAACACUUUAAUCUUAUUGAUUUCCUGAAUGGUUUCUGUGCUCAGGUCGGCCUUCUUGGCAUCCAGAUGAUUUGGACCAGAGAUGCACAAGAUGCUUUAAGGCUUGCAAAAGGUGAUUGCAAAAUCAUGCAGACAACAAACCAAUAUUUCCUGGAAAUGCUCAAUAAACUGAUUGGCACAACAACCAAAGAUUUAGAUGUUAAUAAGCGUGUGAAAUAUGAAACUUUAAUUACUAUUCACGUCCAUCAAAGAGAUAUCUUCGAUGAGCUGUGCCGGAUGCAGAUUAAAUCUCCGACUGACUUUGAAUGGUUGAAACAGUGCAGGUUCUACUUCAAUGAAGAUGCUGAUAAAAUGAAGAUAGUGAUUACUGAUGUGGAUUUUACUUACCAAAAUGAGUUUUUGGGAUGCACUGAGAGACUAGUUAUCACUCCCCUCACUGACAGGUGCUACAUCACUUUAGCGCAGGCUAUUGGAAUGAAUAUGGGUGGUGCUCCUACAGGACCAGCUGGCACAGGAAAGACUGAAACAGUCAAAGAUAUGGGCAAGUGUCUUGGCAAGUACGUGGUGGUGUUCAACUGUUCGGACCAGAUGGAUUUCCGAGGCCUUGGCCGAAUCUUCAAAGGACUGUCCCUAUCAGGGUCUUGGGGAUGCUUUGACGAGUUUAAUCGGAUUGACUUGCCUGUACUUUCUGUGGCUGCUCAGCAAAUAGCCAUUAUCCUGACCUGCAAGAAGGAACACAGAAGAAGUUUUGUCUUCACAGACAAUGACACGUUAGAAAUUAAUCCAGAGUUUGGCAUCUUCCUUACAAUGAAUCCAGGUUAUGCUGGGAGACAGGAACUUCCUGAAAACCUCAAGAUUAAUUUCCGGUCAGUGGCAAUGAUGGUGCCUGAUCGCCAGAUUAUCAUCCGUGUCAAGCUGGCAAGCUGUGGAUUCAUAGACAAUGUCACCCUUGCUUGCAAGUUCUUUACGCUGUACAAAUUGUGUGAGGAGCAGCUUUCCAAACAGAUUGAUGAGGAUGAACCACUGUUCCUUAGCCUGAUAGAGGAUUUGUUUCCUGGCAUCCGGUUGGAUAAGGCCAGAUAUCUAGAGUUUGAAGCAGCAAUUGACAAACAGAUUGACGAUGGAGGUUUAGUGAAACAUGUAGCUUGGAAACUGAAGGUUAUUCAGUUAUUUGAAACUCAGCGCGUACGACAUGGUAUGAUGACGUUGGGUCCAAGUGGUGCUGGAAAAACGACUUGUAUUCACACCCUCAUGAAGGCAAUGACAGAGUGUGGUCAACCUCACAGAGAGAUGCGAAUGAACCCCAAAGCGAUUACUGCCGCUCAGAUGUUUGGCCGUUUGGAUGUAGCCACCAAUGACUGGACUGACGGAAUAUUUUCAGUAUUGUGGAGAAAAACUCUCAAGGCCAAGAAAGGUGAGCAUAUUUGGCUGGUACUGGACGGACCUGUGGAUGCUAUUUGGAUAGAAAAUCUUAAUUCCGUCCUUGAUGACAAUAAGACUCUUACUUUGGCAAAUGGAGAUCGUAUCCCAAUGGCCUCAAAUUGCAAGAUAGUCUUUGAGCCUCAUAACAUUGACAAUGCUUCUCCGGCCACUGUCUCUCGGAAUGGGAUGGUGUACAUGAGUGCCUCUGUACUUGACUGGAGGCCUAUUUUGGAGAGCUGGUUAAUGUUACGUUCACAUCAUGAAGCUCAAAUCCUCAAGGCAUUGUAUGAAACGGUCUUCCCAGAGCUUUAUCGUUUUAGCAUACAGUCCUUAAAUCAAAAGAUGGAAAUGCUUGAAGCCUUUGUCAUUAUGCAAAGUAUUAACAUGUUGGAAGGUCUUCUACCACCAAAGGUGCAGUAUCUCCUUAGUAGGUUAUCACUUACCAUUGAAUAUUCUUAUAUGGAGCAGUCUGGCGAGUUCAAUCAGAAGAGACUGGAACGGCUGUUUACCUUUGGCCUCAUGUGGAGUAUUGGUGCCACUCUAGAGUUGGAUGAUAAAAGAAAGAUGGAAUAUUGGCUGAGAAAUCAUGCUUCUAUCAAAUUAGAUAUGCCCGAAAUGUCUUACCUUGGUGAUGAAGAAACAAUGUUUGACUACCUCGUGGACCCCAAUGGGAAUUGGUUACACUGGAGCACGCAAGUGGAGGAGUACAUUUAUCCGCUAAACGCCAUUCCAGAAUAUGGAUCGAUCCUUGUGCCAAAUGUUGACAAUGUCAGGACAAGUUUUCUUAUUGAUAUUGUUGCUAAACAGCACAAGGGUGUACUUUUGACUGGCGAACAAGGAACUGCUAAGACAGUCAUCAUAAAAAGCUACCUAUCCAAAUAUAAUACUGAGACUCACCUGCAGAAGAGCCUUAAUUUUUCCUCAGCCACUACACCUCUCAUGUUUCAGAGAACUGUUGAAAGUUAUGUGGACAAAAGGAUGGGAAAUGUUUAUGGACCUCAAGCUGGAAAAACAAUGACUGUGUUUAUAGAUGAUAUCAGCAUGCCUAUUGUUAAUGAGUGGGGUGAUCAGGUGACCAAUGAAAUUUUGAGGCAGCUGAUAGAACAGAAUGGAUUCUAUAGCCUGGAGAAGCCAGGAGAGUUCACACAUAUUGUGGACAUGCAGUUUAUUGCUGCAAUGAUCCAUCCUGGCGGAGGACGGAAUGAUAUUCCUCAAAGGCUGAAGAGGCAUUUUGCCAUAUUUAAUUGUACAUUGUCUUCAAACAUCUCCAUUGACAAAAUCUUUGGUGUGAUUGCAGUGGGACAUUUCUGCAAGCAACGGAGGUUCACUGAGGAGGUUGCAGCUUUGGCAGCUCAACUUGUUCCCAUCACACGCAAACUCUGGCAACUUGUCAAAGUAAAGAUGCUUCCUACACCAGCAAAAUUUCAUUAUGUGUUCAAUUUACGGGACCUCUCCAGAAUCUGGCAAGGCAUGCUCAUCACCACUGCAGAGGUCAUUCAUUGUAAAGAGAUUCUUCUGAAGCUCUGGCAACACGAAUGUACCCGAGUAGUGGCUGAUCGUUUUACAAGCUCCGAGGACUGUGACUGGUUUAAUAAAACGCUGAUGGAUGUGGCUGCUGAAGAAUUUGGGGAAGAAAUGAGGAGUGUCAUGAGUGCAGAAGAGACUGAAAACUUCUUUAUAGAUUUCCUGCGUGACCCACCCGAAGCUACAGGAGCAGAACCAGAGGACAAAGAAUAUGAGAUGCCGAAAGUGUAUGAGGCUGUGGAAUCUUUGGAAGUCUUAAAAGAGAGACUGAACCUUUUCAUGUUCCUUUACAACGAGACAGUACGAGGGGGGCAUCUGGACUUGGUCUUCUUUGAAGAUGCCAUAAUUCACCUGGUCAAGAUAUCGCGCAUCAUCAGAACACCUCGGGGCAAUGCUCUGCUUGUUGGUGUGGGUGGUUCGGGUAAACAGAGCCUAACAAGACUCACUUCAUUUAUUGCUGGGUACCAGACAUUCCAAAUCAUUCUCACCAGAUCAUACAGUACCUCAGACCUGUUGGAAGAUCUGAAGACUCUGUACAAAACAGCUGGACAGGACGGAAAUGGAGUAACCUUUAUUUUUACCGACAAUGAAAUCAAGGAUGAGGCUUUUCUGGAGUAUUUGAACAAUGUGCUAUCCUCUGGAGAGGUUUCAAACCUCUUUAAUCGAGAUGAAAUGGAUGAAAUUUGCAAUGAUCUUGCACUUGCAAUGAAGCAACAGUUUCCUAGACGACCCCCAACUAAUGAAAACCUGUACGAUUAUUUCAUGUGCCGGGUGCGGCAGAACUUGCACGCCGUGCUUUGUUUCUCACCAGUCGGAGAAAAGUUCCGAAAUCGAGCACUGAAAUUCCCAGCACUGAUUUCUGGUUGCACCAUGGAUUGGUUCAGUCGCUGGCCAAAGGAUGCUCUCAUUGCAGUAUCUGAACACUUCUUGUCCUCAUUUGAGAUCGACUGCAGCCUGGAGGUGAAGCAGGAAGUGGUGGAGUGCAUGGGUACUUUCCAGGAUGGUGUAGCAGAGAAAUGUGUCUUGUACUUUGAAAGGUAUCGCCGUUCAACCCAUGUUACACCCAAGUCCUAUCUGUCCUUCAUUCAGAGCUAUAAAGUCGUGUACCAGGAGAAACGAUCGGAGCUGCAGACUAUGGCAGAGAGAAUGAAGACUGGUUUGCAGAAGUUGAAGGAAGCUUCGGAAUCUGUUGUAGCCCUUAGCAAAGAACUGGAAAUAAAAGAAAAAGAGCUUAAAAUCGCCAAUGACAAGGCUGACAUGGUUCUUAAAGAGGUGACUGUGAAAGCUCAGGCAGCGGAGAGUGUGAAAAUGGAAGUACAAAAAGUCAAAGACCUCGCCCAGAUGAUUGUGGACGGCAUAUCUGCAGAUAAGGCAGUGGCUGAGAAAAAGCUUGAAGCUGCCAGACCUGCAUUGGAUGAAGCUGAGGCAGCCCUGCAGCAAUUUCCUAAAGACACCAUCAAUGAAGAGACAGUUGAACUGCUCUGUCCCUAUUUUCAAAUGCCGGAUUAUAACAUUGAUGUGGCCAGACGGGUUUGCGGUAAUGUUGCUGGUCUUUGCUCCUGGACUCGAGCCAUGGCCUACUUCCAUGAGAUAAAUAAAGAAGUCUUGCCUCUUCAGGCCAACCUUGCUGUACAGGAAAGUCGCCUGGCCAUUGCCCUGGAGGAUCUGAAGAAGGCUCAGUGUGAGCUUGAUGCCAAGCAGGCUGAGCUUGAUACUGUGCAGAUGGAAUAUGAGCAAGCAAUGAGAGAGAAACAGACACUACGAGAGGACGCUGAACGCUGCCGGCAGAAGAUGCAAAUGGCUUCAAGUCUGAUCGAUGGUCUCUGUCAAAUGAGAAGGAACGCUGGACUGAGCAAGGCAAAGAAUUUGCUGCUGAGGAGAAAAGACUUGUGGUGCCGUCUGACCUGCAGAGUUCCUCCAGCAGUUUGUUGUUUGUUUACAGUGCUCAUCCUUGUCUUGAAAGCUCUCCAUGGCUUUACUCCUCAUUAUUUCAGUAACAGCCUCCAUCAUUCCAAGCUCCCAAACAUCUUCUCUCCAGUUGUCAAGGCCCCUAGCCCUGGAAUCUUAAAAGGUAAUGUUCUCGUGGCUACAGCUUUCUUGUCCUACUCUGGUCCUUUUAACCAGGAAUUCAGAAACCAGUUGUUAAGCAAAUGGCAGCAAGAAAUAACAUUACGUAAUAUCCCUUUCACCACACAUCUGAAUGUCUCGGAGAUGCUUGUUGAUGGUCCCACGGUUGGAGAAUGGAAUUUACAAGGCCUUCCGAAUGAUGACUUCUCAAUACAAAAUGGAAUAAUUAUUACAAAGGCAGCUCGCUAUCCUCUGUUAAUUGAUCCUCAGGCUCAGGGGAAGACCUGGAUAAAGAACUAUGAAGCUAAAAAUGAGCUUCAGGCAACAUCACUGAAUCAUAAAUAUUUCAGAAAUCAUUUGGAGGACUGCCUUUCACUUGGUAGGCCAUUAUUAAUUGAGGAUGUCGGAGAUGAAUUGGAUCCAGCACUAGACAAUGUGUUGGAGAAAAACUUCAUUAAAACUGGCUCAACACAUAAGGUGAAAAUAGGAGACAAGGAGACAGAGGUCAUGAAUGGUUUCAGACUGUACAUCACCUCAAAAUUGGCAAACCCUGCUUUUACCCCUGAAAUAAGUGCCCGGACUUCAAUUAUUGAUUUCACUGUCACCAUUAAAGGUCUGGAGGAACAGCUGUUGGGACGAACCAUUCUCACUGAGAAGCAGGAACUGGAGAGAGAGAGAACAAACCUGAUGGAGGAUGUGACUGCAAAUAAAAGAAAGAUGAAGGAGUUAGAAGAUAAUCUCCUUUACCGUUUAACAACCACCCAGGGUUCCCUGGUGGAUGACGAAAGCCUCAUCAUAGUGCUUCGAAAUACGAAGCAGACAGCUGAAGAGGUAACAGAGAAGCUGAAGACAGCAGCUGAGACAGAAAUGCAAAUUAACAGUGCCAGAGAAGAGUACAGACCAGUUGCUACAAGAGGCAGCAUUCUUUAUUUCCUGGUUGUUGAGAUGAGUAUGGUGAACGUGAUGUAUCAGACAUCUCUGCGGCAGUUCCUUGGGAUCUUUGACCUAUCAUUAGUCAGAUCCAUCAGAAGCCCAUUCACCAGCAAGAGAAUAGUGAGCAUCAUUGAUUAUAUGACAUAUGAGGUCUAUGCCUACACAGCUCGUGGGUUGUACGAACAACACAAAUUCCUUUUCACGCUUCUGCUCACAUUGAAAAUUGACAUGCAGAGCCACAAGGUUAAGCAUGAAGAAUUUUUCACUCUCAUAAAAGGUGGUGCCUCACUGGAUCUCAAAACCUGUCCUCAAAAACCCGCCAAGUGGAUUCUUGAUAUGACAUGGCUAAAUCUAGUUGAACUCAGUAAACUUCAUCAGUUUAGAGACAUCCUUGUCCAGAUUGGUGAAAAUGAGAAGCAGUGGAAAAGUUGGUUUGAUAAAGAUGCACCAGAAGAGGAAACGUUUAUGCCUAAUGAUUACCAUCAAUCUCUGGAUUGCUUUCGCAAACUUUUAUUAGUCCGAUCCUGGUGUCCAGACAGAACAAUUGCACAGGCUCGUAAGUAUAUCAUGGACUCUCUAGGCAAGAGAUACGUAGAAGGUGUCAUCCUGGAUCUUGAAAAGAGCUGGGAGGAGACUGAACCCAGGACCCCACUCAUCUGUUUCCUCUCCAUGGGAUCGGAUCCGACAGAUCGCAUCAUUGCUCUUGGAAAGAGACUGAAAAUCGAGACUCGCAGUGUGUCCAUGGGCCAGGGCCAAGAGAUGCAUGCACGCAGAUUACUACAGCAUACCAUGACAAGUGGAGGUUGGGCUUUACUGCAGAAUUGCCACCUAGGACUGGAUUUUAUGGAUGAAUUGAUGGAUACAGUCACAGAAACUGAAAUUAUACAGGAUUCAUUUCGACUCUGGAUAACUACUGAAGUUCACAAGAACUUUCCUAUUACUCUGCUGCAAAUGUCCAUAAAGUUUACCAAUGAAAUACCACAAGGAUUAAAAGCUGGAUUGAAACGCACAUUCUCAGGUGUCACCCAAGACCUACUAGAGAUCAGUAACAUGCCACACUGGAAAUUCAUGUUGUAUGCAGUAGCUUUCCUUCAUUCUGCUGUGCAAGAAAGACGCAAGUUUGGACCUCUUGGGUGGAACAUCCCUUAUGAGUUUAAUCAAGCUGACCUAAAUGCAACAAUCCAGUUUGUGCAAAACCAUCUUGAUGACCUGGAUGGCAAAAAGGGCGUGUCAUGGAAUACAAUUCACUACAUGAUUGGAGAGAUCCAGUACGGAGGACGUGUCACGGAUGAUUACGACAAGCGACUUUUAAACACAUUUGCUAACGUGUGGUUCAGUGAAAAUAUGUUCAAACCAAACUUCUGUUUUUAUAAGGAUUACACCAUCCCGAACUCCACAACACCAGAACAAUAUAUACAGCACAUACAGAGCCUACCAGCAUAUGACACCCCAGAGGUCUAUGGUCUUCACCCAAAUGCUGAUAUUACUUAUCAAAGCAAACUUGCCCAAGACGUUCUUGAUACAAUUCUUAACAUCCAGCCAAAGGAUAGCUCAGCAGAGGAUGGUGAAACCCGGGAGGCUGUUGUUGCCCACAUUGCCGAUGAUAUGUUGAUGAAGUUACCUCCUAAUUACAUUGUUUAUGAAGUUAAAAACAGGUUAGCAAAGAUGGGUGCUAUUCAGCCAAUGAAUAUCUUCCUCCAUCAGGAAAUCGAUCGAAUGCAGAAAGUAAUUUCAUUGGUGCGCAGCACAUUAAUGGAUCUGAAGCUGGUCAUCGACGGUACAAUUAUUAUGAGUGAAAACUUGCGGGAUGCACUCGACUGCAUGCACGAUGCUCGUAUACCAGCCAGGUGGCUUAAGGCAUCUUGGCCCUCAAGCACGCUGGGAUUCUGGUUCACCGAACUAUUGGAAAGGGAUCGUCAGUUCCAUUCUUGGAUAUUUGAAGGGAGGCCAAAUAGUUUCUGGAUGACGGGUUUCUUCAACCCUCAAGGCUUCCUUACAGCUAUGAGACAGGAAGUUACACGAAUUCAUAAGGGCUGGGCUCUGGACAGUGUAGUGCUUCACAGUGAUGUGACGAGAAUAUCAAAGGAAGAUAUUACCCAAUCUCCUUCUGAGGGAGUCUAUGUCUUUGGCCUUUGUCUAGAAGGUGCAGGAUGGGAUCGGCGCAACCACAGAUUGACAGAAUCCAAACCAAAAGUUCUGUUUGAAAUGUUGCCCAUAAUUCAUAUUUCUGCUAUAAACCACCACGAUUCCAAAGAUGUACGGGUGUAUUCCUGUCCUGUCUACAAAAAGCCAGUAAGAACUGAUCUAAAUUACAUUGCCUCUGUCGACUUGAAAACGAUGCGCCCACCUGAUCACUGGAUACUGAGAGGUGUUGCAUUGCUCUGUGAUGUGAAGUAGGAAGUUUACUUGACGGUCUAAUGGUAAAGAUUCAGGAAGAAAAUGAAGAUGAAGAGGAAACUACAUUGACCAGAAGUUAACAAUGCGAUACAAGAGUAACCGUGUUCCAAUUGACCAUCACCCAACUUCAAAGUAAGAAAUCCAAAUUCAAAGCAAGAAUAAAAAAUCCUUUCUUGUCUGCCUUAAACAGCUGGUAGAAAUUAUGAAAGUCUGGCUGAGAAAGGUUUGGCAAUAAGAGCAUGUAAUUGUGCAGGAACAGGCACAGAUCUGCUUCCACAUGAUCAGAAAGUCUCAAUUGGCUGCAGUUAUUCAUUGUGGAAUUUACUUGCAAUAAUAAUCAUAAUAAUGGAGUUGAAUCUAUAAUGUGUUGCACAGCAGUGUUUUAAUGAUGUUGUUUGUUUACCCAAACUGUGUGCCCUGGAAUUUUGCAUAUUAUCUUUAAUACGCAAGAUAUAAAAAUUCACUUAUCCCCAAAAUGUUUUAACAGUAUGCAAACGAUAUAAUGAAGCAAUGUUAGUGUGGUGCACUCUUACUCUUAACAUAUCAGAUUAUUUACACUGACCUCAUAAGCAGUUUGACUUUUUAAAUUCAUUCUUGUACUUGCCCUGUUCAGCCUUUUACAGCUAAUUGUAAUUUUAUUUCAAUUGAUACCUUUCUUGAAGGCAAACUGUAUUUGUAACUUGUCCAUUAUUGUUUCAGUUAUGAGGUGUAUGGAUUAUAUCUGUUUAUUUAUCCCCAGAAGCCAUUGGUGUUGCCAGUUACUUUACCCAUGACUCCAAUCUUCAGAGCUGCAGAAAAAAAAGUUGUCAACAUUUUACUUUUUAGACAUAGAUGCUGGUUACUGCACAAAAGGUCACAAAGUGCUGGAGUAAUUCAGCAGGUUAAAUGGAUAGGCAAUGUGUCAGGUCAAUAUCCUUCAGACUCAAAGAAAUUUGGUUUUGACCCGAAACGUCACUAUCCGUGUUCCCCAGAGAUGCUGCCUGACCUGUUGAGUUACUCCAGCAUUUUGUGUCCUUUCCUUUUUCAGACCGGAACACCCGGAGAAAACCCACACGCUUAGAGGGAGAAUGUACAAUCUCCAUACACAGUACCAGUAGUUAGGAGGGAAUCACCGCCGCUGUAAGGCAGCAACUCUACCGUUGCCCCACUGUACUGUCGAAAUAAUGGUGUGAAACCUGAAUUUCCUUUCAAAUUGUUAGAUUGUAAAAAGAAUGUCUGAAGUUCAACUGGU